UUCCGCCGAAAUUAAAUGUGUUGAAUAAUUGAAGAAGACAAAAAUAUUAAAAUAAUUGUGCUGCAUUUGGGCAAUGAACGCAUACGUUUAAUUUGUGUUCCAAAUAAUACACAUGCAUAUGCGUUAAUUGUGCGUGCAGUUAAUCGUAUCGAGGACAAACACGUUUAGACACAAGGACAGGCCCAAACAACUCUUUGAAUCAUACAAGUAUUGUAGUGUACGAAAACAUCACACCCAACCAACCAACAUUAUAACCAUCACUACCAUCUUCCACCACCACCACCAAUACCAAAAAACAACUACUGCUACUACAACUUCCACCACCGUCACAACCAAAAACAACUUUCCGGUCCAAGGUUAUUGUGCGUCUACGCCUUAGCGGAGGCGCUAGUUCGGUUGACAAUUAGAAACAACACCAUUAAGAAACAGAACCGAGCCUUUCCAUGCACCAUGGCCAAGAUGUAUGGAAAGGGUAAGACGGCUAUCGAGUCAGAGGAUCAACAAAAAUUGCGAUGGCAAGUUGAACUUGAAUUCGUACAGUGUCUAGCCAAUCCAAACUACUUGAACUUUCUAGCCCAGCGCGGUUAUUUCAAGGACCAAGCCUUUAUUAAUUAUCUCAAAUAUUUGCAGUAUUGGAAAGAGCCUGAAUAUGCGAAAUACUUAAUGUAUCCAAUGUGUUUAUACUUUCUUGAUCUCUUGCAAUACGAACACUUUCGACGUGAAAUUGUCAAUUCGCAAUGUUGCAAAUUUAUCGAUGAUCAAGCCAUUUUGCAGUGGCAACAUUAUACUCGAAAACGCAUUAAAAUGUUUAACAGCGUCAAUGGUAUGGGUCAGAUGAAUGCUGCUGAUCCAGGUGCUAUAGAUCCACAACAACAGCAACAGCAAAAUGCGCAGCAAAAUCAACAACAACAAGGACAACAACAACCGGGCGUUGGAAAUGCACCUGUAGGUUUACAAAAUGGCAUGGUUAAUAAUGCACAGUUGCAGCAACAGCAGCCACCACAACAAGCACAACAACAACAACAGCAGCAGAGUAUUGGCAAUGCAGCAAUGGGUAUGCCUAAUGGAAAUAAUGCUGCCGCUAAUAGUAAUAACUGAGCGUGAUGCGAAAAGAUUUAAAUCUGUCUUUCUCCAAUUAGUUAGUAAGUUAUUUAAUUCUAUUGUAAACUUAAAGUAGUAAUAUUAAAAGGAUUAGUCACUUCUCCAUUUAAAUUA